UGGAAAUCUAUUUAUUGCUUUUGUAUUGAAUGAAUGAAUUGACAAAAAAUGAUUGCAAUAAUUGUUUAUAACAUCACACAAAACUGAUUCCCUGUUUACGGCUUAUUGUGCUCAUUGUGUCCAUACGUUCACUAAUUGUACGCUAACUGUAUGUAUGAAUACACGUAUAAAUGCUAAACACAUUUGUAAAGAGUGUUUAAAAGUUUGCGAAAACACAACAUAUUUAUGAAUUGAAAUGUUUGGCAAAGUUUUGCGUAAAUUAUUAUUGAAUUAAAUGAAAGCAUUUAAAGCGAAACUUUCACUUAAAUUAAUAAACCAUUUAUUGGUUUAUUUGAUUUUGUUUGAAAUGUUGGCCACAAUUACGGGCGAUGUGUUGUCUUCGCUUUUGGCCGAAGAGGACAUACACUUCGAGAUCGUUGAACCCGAAAGUCUUCGUUACACUUAUAGGGCACGAAUGGCACAGAAUUUCGGCACUAGUUUUGAAAAGCGUUAUUCAAACAUAAAUCUAGUGAUCGUUGAGCCAAACGACUCGUGCACUACAAUCGUGAAUAGACUUGAAUUAAUCAAUAAUAUUGGUCUCAUUGAAAGGGGCGGCUGUGCAUUUCUGGCCAAAUGUAUUGCCGCCGAGAAGAAUGGUAUGAUUGGAGUAAUCAUUUACGAUAAUAAUAACGAUAACGACGACCAGUACAUAGAGAUGGUGACCGACAACCCAUCGCCCAACUGCUCAAUUCCGGCCGCAUUUCUUCUCGGAAAAGACGGUCAUAUGAUUCGGAGGGCAUUGGAUGCGCACCGACUGAAUCGAGCCGUCGUUAACAUUCCUAUUAAUGUGAGCCAUAUGUCGGUGAAAGUACGACAGCCUCCUUGGGUUGUCUGGUAAUCAUCACAUCCCAUAACAUACCAGUUAUUAACGAAUUAAUUUUUAUUUAAAAUAUCAUUUUAUUCUACA